AUCCGUUUGGCCUUUUCCAGCAUGUUAGUCAGCGGUUGUAGACGGCUUGAGAGAGUGUCUGGGAUUAAGUCGUUGCUCUAGCUUUUAGAUGCAACUAGUAAUCUCGCAGACCUUGAGUAUUUAAAAUUAUAGGUGCUAGUUUGUAGCCUCGUUCUGUAUUUUUAGGGCUAUCACUUUUUUUUUCACUUAAUAGCAAUAAAAACAAAUUUUUUUCUUUAAGGGUAAAAAUGGCGGACACUACCAGUGGUGCAGAUAAGAGUCUGGACGACUUCUUCGCCAAAAGAGACAAAAAGAAAAAGAAAGAAAAAACGAAAGGCAAAGACCAAGCAAUAGUACCCGGACCAACUGUCUUGAAGAAAGGAAAAAAGGAGAAGGAGAAGUCCACGAAAAACGACAGCCAGGACACCCAGCUGGAAAAGGAAGAUGAAGAAUGGAAGGAAUUUGAACAGAAGGAGGUGGACUAUACUGGUCUAAGGGUGCAAGCACUCCUAUUAAGCGAUGAAAAGGAAGAAGAGGAGUAUGACAAAAAAGAAGAAAUUGGCGAGGAUGGUGAAAUGGUAAUGGUUAGUGGAGGAGACAAAACAUCCGGUCCUUGGAAUAAAUCUGCUCCACCACCCACUGUAUCUGUACCUGUUGAAGUGGAAGUACCAGAGCCAAAGUCUUCAGGUGUUUAUAGACCACCUGGAGCAAGACUUGGCCCUACAAAACGUGGACCGACACAAGGACCACCUGAGAUCUUCAGUGAUACUCAGUUCCCAUCUUUGCAAGCCACCGCGAAGCACGUAGAAACCAAAAAGGAUCGAGAAAUGGAGAAGACCUUUGAGGUUGUGAAACACAAAACCAGACCUAGGGAGGAAGGUGUUGGCAAAGGUGCUCCUCAUCAGCUACAACUUGACAACCAGUAUGCUAUUCUUGGUGACAAAUAGUGUGCUGACCUGUUCUGUGAUGCUGGCACCCAUCUGGUCACGGGUGGUAACUCAACUACAGCUAUGGAUUGCAUGUGUCUUUGCUGAAUGGGCCAAAAGUGAAUAGACUCGGCUGGCAAAGACUCGGAACAACCAUAAGGGCCAUCAUGACAGUGAUGACUUUUAGUGCUUGAAAAGCAUUUUUUUUAUUAUUAUUCAGUAAAAGAGGUGGUCAACAAUCUGUUUUAAACUUGCCACUCAAACACCAAGCCAACUUGUAUCAAGAGUUUUACAGACUACUUUUUGUAGAAUUUCAAAUCAUUCAGUUAAAAAUAUUUUUGCAAAUAGAAGCAUUUGCGGAGCCUUCUAAGUGGGCAACUACCUCAGGUGUACAUUGUGCACUAUUGGAUAUGACUCUGACCACGUCUUGGUUGUAACCUUGAGGUUGGAAUUGCUUUAUACAGAAGGUUUGGAUGUGCUGCUCAAAGCUUAAAGAUGUUCAUGCUGUGGGAAGAGUUGAGAAAAACUCCGCCAUCGCAGAUUAUCAUCUAUUUACGGGGAAAAAAAUUCAAGUGGCCUUAAAAGUUAUCAGCUUUGUCCUUCUUAGUUGUAUUUUUUUUUUUUUUUUUUUUUUAGGCUGCAUCUGACUGCUUGGAGCGAUAAACCACUUUGAUUUUUUUCAUAGUAGCAGAAAUUUGCAUCCUUUCUUUGUAUAAAGUACUGCAGAGCUGUAGUUUGCUUACUUGAACGUAAAUUUUACUUUUUCACCCACUUUGAUAAUCCUGUCCCCCCAGGCUUCGUUCCAUGUUGAACAUCACAAGUGCCUAUUGGAGCUAUGUGUUGCAUAAUCAUAAUUAUAGUUCUGGGUAAGGGUAAAAAAAAAGUAACAAGGAGAGGAUUAAUGCCACUUGUUUAUCCUGUUUGCUUCCUUUGUUUAAUUUUAAACUGUGAAAGUGAAAGCUGAAUCACUGCAUCCUUGUAAACGCCACCUGAUUAUUCUGAGAUUAGUAGUGAGGACCUUAACGGUCUACACACACACACGGACAUGUGCUUGGUCCUGCUCCUGAUUCUGGUUUAUGUGACAUACGUCCAUAGUAGAGUCACAGACUCCGAAACGUUUGUGCUAAUAAAUACAAGACACUGAGUUGGAGGUUAACAUCUGCACGUCCUCACUCUUGCUGUUUUGUAGUUGAUGUGUGGACUGUAAGACCUCUGCAAGCACAUCUUUGUAAACUGAUUUUAAAACAUUAACUUGGCAGACGGUCUUGUGUAAAUCCCCCAUUUGUUUUGAUUGAGAUGCCACUUCUGAUGGACUGGAGCUGACACCGUUGGAAGGUAUAACAGGGUACUGGUUAGAGGAGUGGGAGGGGAAAGGGGUUUUAGUUUUUAUAACUUUAAAUGUUUUCAUAGCAAGCUAAAUCUCUGCAAAGUGCUCUCUUUGCCCACCUUCACCCCAAAACACACACACACACACCACACAAAAAAAAAAAAUGUUCCUCUUAUUCUGUGUGCUUUGUGGCCAACACACAAGUGAAGGGGAGGGAAAUCAUGAAAGCGACGCUACACUGUUAAGUUGUUUAUAUGAAUAUUUUGUUUGGAGGUGGCGUUAGUGUUAACAUUGCCUCUCUUUUAAAAAUUUCAGUCCAGUAGUAAGUAUUGGAUAAGGCUUUAUACUGCUGUCACCUGUGAAUUGCCGUUUUCUUUUGUACCUGCAGUUGGAAUUUGGAGAUAACUAACGCAUGAAAUGAUGCCCAGAGGUUCACAUUCUAGGAUGGGUUCCAUUUGUAGAGUAACACAACUGAUCAUUCUUCAAAUUUUACCGGGGUAUGUGCUAUGGCAGUGUCAGAACAGCUGUAUGACUGAAGAAAUAAAUAAAUUUGCAAUA